UUUGCUCGUGGUCGAGUUUUUUGCCUGAUCGUCCCUUAAUCAAUUAUAAUCACCUGUACGGUUUUUGGCGUAGUUUUCCUUAUAAACCGAGCCAACUAUAUUCUUCUUUAUGAAAUCGCGGGAGCACCCUGCUUUCUUGAUGAAAUUCCUUCGAAAAAAUAUUUGUAGUUGGAAUUUAUCCGCAACCGACAUGCAGUCAUAAAUCGUGUUGCAAUGUUCUUAAUGCCUGGCGCGCCGAAGAUUUCUUCAUUUGUUGUCAAAUCAUACUCCUGAGUGAAUGCUAAGAAAGUUUCUCGACGGCCUGCUUUGAAGGGUUGUGAUUACAGUGUGUUCCAUCGUUUUCCAGGGACCCCAGGACGUCCGUGAUGACAAUACCUGCAUGCUGCGUUGGUCUUGGACUUUGGUAUAUGAAGAAGGUUGAAGAGCAUGCUGAGAAGUCCACCCGCCCGUCGAGGAUUGACUGGGUCGAAGCUGGUGUUGUCUCUCCGGUUGUGAGGAACCAAAAAAGUUGUGGCUGUUGUUGGGCGAUGGCGGCUGCAGCCUCAGUGGAAGCAAUACACAUCCUGAAAACCUCGCAGAAGAUCUCCCUGUCAGUUCAAGAGCUCAUUGACUGUGAUUACAGCAACAGUGGCUGCUGGGGUGGUUUCUCUCUUCGCGCUCUCCGGUAUAUACAAAGGAAUGGACUCUCGAGCGAAUCCUCCUACCCAUACCGGGCUCGGAGAGGUAUUUGCAAGAAGGACAAAUCAGUAGCAGCAAGGAUAUCAGGCUUUCGGUUUGUCUACUGGACCGAGGAGGCUCUAGAGAAAGCAGUAGCGAGGCAGCCCGUGAUUGUCAGUUUACAGGGCACAAUUUAUCUUGAUAAUUACAAAGGGGGCAUCAUGGACUAUGAAGCCUUGCCAACAAGAACUAACAUGCAUAAUGUCUUGAUUGUUGGUUAUGGCACGGAUCCCAGCGGCGUUAAGUAUUGGCGCUUCAAGAACUCAUGGGGAGAUAGUUGGGGCGAGGGUGGGUUUGGGAGGAUCCGCAGGCAUGUUGCUGACAAGCGAGGUGUCUUGGGUAUGUUUAUGGAGCCAGGACUAUAUCCAGUGCUUAAUAUCUGA